GCAGCUCAGAAGUCAUUUGUCACUCAUCACACCCACACUUACCCCACUUGCACACCACAUGGUGCUCUACCACAAAGAGUUUGACAAGGCCGGCAAGUCAGCCGGCCUGCAGGUCUGGAGGAUUGAGCAGCUGGAGCUGGUCCCCAUACCUGAGAAGCUGCAUGGGAACUUCUACACGGGUGAUGCCUAUGUGAUCCUCCACAGCGCUCAGCGGGGGCAGAGCUUAUGGUACAGCCUGCACUAUUGGCUCGGGAAAGAGUGCAGCCAGGAUGAGAGUACGGCAGCAGCCAUCUUUACGGUGCAGCUGGAUGAUUAUCUUGGCGGGAAACCUGUCCAGUAUCGGGAAGUACAGGGGGCGGAGUCAACAGCCUUCAGCAGCUACUUCAAAGGAGGGUUGACUUACAAAACAGGAGGUGUGGCAUCAGGUUUUCAACAUGUGGUCACCAAUGACCUCACAGCACAAAGACUCCUUCACAUUAAAGGGCGCCGAGUGGUGAGGGCCACCCAGGUUCCCCUCAGCUGGUCCAGCUUCAACAGUGGAGACUGCUUCAUCGUGGACCUUGGAGAGGAGAUCUACCAGUGGUGCGGAUCCAAGUCCAACAAGUUUGAGCGCCUGAAGGCAGCACAUGUGGCCGCAGGUAUCCGUGACAAUGAGAGGAACGGCCGAGCCAAACUGGUGGUGGUCGAGGAUGGAAGUGAACCAUCUCCAUUAACUGCUGUCCUUGGUAUAAAACCGGAGCUUUCAGAGGGAGAUAGUGAUAAUGACAAAGAAGCAGAUGCAUCCAACAGGAAAAUGGCAAAACUCUACAUGGUGUCUGAUGCAUCAGGAGCCAUGAAGGUGUCACUUGUGAAGGAGGAGAAUCCGUUUCUACAAAGUGACCUGCUGUCAGAAGAAUGCUUCAUCCUGGACCAUGGAAGAAACAAGAUGAUAUUUGUGUGGAAAGGCCGCAAUGCCAACCCUGGUGAGAGAAAAGCAGCAAUGAACACAGCCGAAGACUUCAUCAGACAGAUGGGUUACCCAGCAACCACACAGAUCCAGGUGCUCCCAGAAGGAGGAGAGACUCCUCUUUUCAAGCAGUUCUUCCCGGGCUGGAAGGACGCAGAGCAGAGCGAAGGCUUUGGGAAGGUCUUCGUCACUGAACAGAUUGCCAAAAUUCAGCAAGAGGAGUUUGAUGCAUCCAAACUCCAUGAGUCCCCCCACAUGGCAGCCCAGUACAACAUGGUGGAUGAUGGAAGUGGCAACACUCAGAUUUGGAGAGUGGAGAGCAGUGGCAGAGUUCCUGUGGACUCGCAGAGCUAUGGUCAGUUUUAUGGUGGUGACUGUUACAUCAUUCUCUACACAUAUGGGAAGCAACAGAUCAUCUACACCUGGCAAGGAGCCAGCUGCUCGUUGGAUGAGCUGACUGCAUCAGCCUUCCUGACGGUCCAGUUGGAUUGCUCACUGGGUGGAAAUGCUGUUCAGGUCAGAGUAUGCCAGGGUAAAGAACCCCCACACCUUCUGAGUCUCUUCAAAUCCAAACCCCUCAUUGUAUAUAAGAGUGGUUCAUCCCGCCGUGGACACCAGACCUGCCCAUCAUUAACACGACUCUUUCAAGUACGAAGGAACCUGGGCAUCAUUACAAGAAUUUCUGAGGUGGAUGCCAAAGCUGCCAGUCUCAACUCUAAUGACGCCUUCUUGCUGAAAACGGCUGAUGGACAGGGCUACAUCUGGAUGGGCAAGGGUGCAAGUGAUGAAGAAAAAGAAGGAGCCGAGUACUUGAGCAACAUACUGAAAUGCAGCAGUAGGCACAUCACCGAGGGAAAUGAACCAGGUGACUUCUGGAAAAUCCUGGGGGGGAAGGCAGAGUACCAGACAUCAGAGAGACUGGAGAGGCAGAUGAUGAACUACCCACCUCGAAUGUUUGGAUGCUCCAACAAGACUGGCAGAUUUGUUAUUGAGGAGGUUCCAGGAGAGUUCACACAGGAUGACCUGGCUGAAGAUGAUGUCAUGCUGCUCGAUGUUUGGGACCAGGUUUUUGUCUGGAUUGGCCAGGAUGCCAACGAACUGGAGAGGACAGAAUCUGUCAAAUCUGCAAAACAAUACAUUGAGACGGACCCGAGUGGGCGGGACAAGCGCACACCUGUGGUCAUUGUGAAACAAGGCCACGAACCCCCCUCCUUCACAGGAUGGUUCUUCGCUUGGGACCCCUGUCUCUGGGAAUCGAGAGGCAUGAGACUGGCGACUGUAUAGGCUACAUGACACAUACAAGAGGUCCAUGUUCAUUUGGUCUGAUUUUGAUUUGCAUGCCUUCCUUUUGCUUCUGUAUCUAUGAAGAACAGAAACCAGUUCUCAACAAAUAACUUCAAAGUUAUAAUAGACCAUGUGUUUUCUUUCACUGUGUCAAAAAUUAAACUUAUUCCAAAAACUAUGAA